AAAAUUAUGUUCACAACAUAAUUCAAUUUUUGCCUCACGAUACCUGUUUUAUCUUCGGCUGUGUGACCUGGGUACGAGGUGGUCACGUGGAAGUGCAUAUAAAUACUUGGUGUGUGAAUACACACAGCCUCUUUCUGCCCUAUACACCAACUUGAGUGCUAAAASAAGAGAAAGCUUUGAAAAUUUUUUCAGGAACAUGCCUCCAAUUCGACGAAGCCAGCGUGACGGCCCAGCCAACGAAGAGGGACAUCGCGAGGAUGUUAACAUUCAGUUUGUCCCAGAUCCCGUGGAAAUCCCUCCCCAAGACGCUGGGGCUGACCCCGUGGAAAUCCUUCCCCAAGAAGCUGUGGCCGACGCGGAGCCUAAUGCGAAUCCUGUCAACGAUGCSAUGCUUGCCACUAUCGUCGCCGCUGUUAGGACUGSCAUCCAGGAGACCAACCAGGUUCAGGUGCCUGCAGUUCAGGCAGCGGUGCAAAAUGAGGUCACGGCUAUCACCCGGCCCUCAAACCRUGUCGCGGCUGKCAAUACAGGUAGUACGUUAGUCCCCAACGCGCCUGUCUUUACUAGCAUUUCUGUUCCGCUGGGCAGUCGUGCCAGCCAAGGUUAA